GCACCUCUGCACAGCUCACACUCUCAGUGCAAACAGCAGCAGCAACGCGCACGCCUGCAAGGAGACGGGGGAGCAGCGCUGAAGCUCCCCGCCUUGUGAACCUGUCUGUGGAAUAAGACAAGACGGAUGUAUCGGUGUCCUGGAGGGAUUCCAAUGCAUGACUUUUAAACUGUGGUCUUUGGUGUGGUGUUUUUUUUUUUUCUGGAGGGGUGGAUUCUGUGUUGCCAGGCAAAAAAGAAGUCAGAGCAGCCAUGACAGUGCGACCUGCGUGUGCCGAAACACUCCGUCGUCGCUUCUGACCUUCCAGACGAUCGAGUGAAGCCGAAGAUGUCAGUGUGCAGUGACUUUGCAGAACACGUGUGGAAACCCGGCUCUUGUAAGAACUGCUUCCACCAGCUGAGCGCACACAGGCAUACGGUCGGCGGCGGCCUGGAUGGCGCUGCAUCCGCCGCGUGUCUAAAGAGCAGUCUUGGAGGCGAUGAAGAAGCUGCAGUGACAGCGCCUUCACCCUACAGCAAGCCCACCAUCGCCGUUAAGCCCACCAUGAUGAGCCUGGACACCAGCGACUCCAUGGCUGACAUUAACAUGAACAUAGAGAAGAAAAACGCAAAAGGUUUAAAGAAGCUUCUGGACCUCUCCUCGCUUUACAUUGGUGGCAACAGCUGCAAUAAAACCCACAGAGAUUCAUCUCUUCAAAGCCCGGAAUCCAAGAAGGACUAUUGCUUUUCUCAACCUUCCUUGUCCCCCAAAGACUCCAUGAUCCUCAGCAAUAGAGGUCCUCAAAGUGUCAAGAACAAUGUCAAUGUGGACACUUCUAGGCAGCAGAAUAGUAUCGUCACCCCCAGAACCAAUAGCACUUAUAACUCGAGUGGUGGAGCUAAAAGUUUAAAUUAUCAUUGUCAAAAUUCUGUUGAGAAACUGUUCCCUGUGGAUAAUGGUCCAACCAGUCCUGCCAAACUCCGUAGCAAUGGGAUAAGUACCACUGUUCUUCCAACCAAGACAUCCAGCACUUCACUCAACUCUUUAACCUCCGCUUUAUCUGUGGACACUCUUACUAACAGUCAGUCCUCCAUCCACUCGCCUCCUGUCCUAUCCAAACAAAACAGCCCCUUAGACUCCUCAUUUGGUAGCAGUACAGAUUCACUACCAGUGACCGAAGGUUCCAUUGGGAGCCCCCAAACGAUGAGUAACUCCACACCCAAUUCUCCCAGCGGACCAGACUCUGAACCCAUUUAUGCGGAGAGCACCAAGAAAAAGCGCAGGCCGCAGGAAAAUGUGUUGCAAAACCAUUCAUACACUGCAAAACAGACUAAGAACUCCACAGGAGAAAGUCAGCGGGCAACCAUUACCGUAAUGGCUGCCCAUAUAGAGGAGAGCAACAGGCCAAUUUACCUUAGCAGCCCUGAUUCUGCCAUCAGCACCCAGUGCCACUUUAGCCCCACAGCACAUAAUGACCCCGUUAGCACAGCCUUCCGCUGGCCCAGCCCGAGCCGCAGUGCACCCUCCUUGGUUACAGAAUCCAGCCUUUCUCCUUUUCUCUGCCCCAAGCCUCAGUCUAGCCCGCCCAUUCCACCAAAAAGAACCACCCGGUCACCCAAACUGGGCACCUCUAGCCUAUCUCCGUCCAUCUCCUCACCGGUUCCACUUCCAGACCUCCCCAGGCUAAGCACCUCUAGCCUCUCACCAUCCAUAUCUUCUCCAGUUCCUCUGCCAGAACUCUCCAUGCUUUUCAUGGUGUCCGCCAAAGAGGGACACUUCAAGGUCCAACCAGAAAACCACAGCCCAGCAGCAUCUGAUCGAUGGCAUAAGCACCACAACCACCACAGCUCUGCCUGGAAUGGUUGCAUCGAGGAGGAAGAGGAGGAGGAGGAAAGGGAGCGGAAAGAAGGUGAAAAGAAGAUGCUGACAACUAAUCCCGGGUCUCGUGUGACAAGCCCAGUCAAUGGUGCUGCUGUCUGGAAGGAGUCCAGAGACUGUAAGGCCCUAAGCAGCCCCCCUCGAAUGACAGAGCCAGGCACGGCCCCCCCUUCCCUACCUAACAAUGGCGCCUGUCAGGGGGAAAGUGAGGGCGCCGCUGCAGAGGAGGAGGGCAAGCAGUGCGGGAGCAUGCUGGUCAAGCAACAUGACAGCGCAACAGCAGAGCCUCUGGCAGUGAAGAAGAUGGGAUCAAGCAGUCAUGAGACCAAUCCAAUACCACCACCACCUCCACCCAAGAAACAGCACAGGGUGUCCGGACACAUGAGCAGCAGCAACAUGGAGUUGAACUGCUCGUUGGAGAGCCCGACCUUAUCCCCUCGGGGCCUGGGCAGCGGCGGUCUACCCACUGCCUCCACCGAUAAUCUAACAGCUGACACUGGAUCUCGGGAUGGAACACGGCUGUCCUGCUCCUCUCCAUUCCUGAGAAGUCCGGGGACCUCAGCACCUCGUUCUCCACACCCUCCCUCGUUUAGCAUCUCAGCUAACCAGCCACCUCCACUGCCGGAGAAGAAGAUAGUAAACCGCACCGUGUCGGCUCCCGAUAACGGCAAUUCAAAGGGCAUUGUCCUGUCCUACCCGCGCCUCCCCUUCACCGGUUCGGAAAACAAUGUGUGUCGACCCAACGAUUCAAGCAGGCGAGACAGUUUACCCUCCAGUCCUGUUGACCCAAGACCUGUCUUCUCCUCCAAUGAGUCUCUAGAGCACUGUCACGCCCCGCUCGGCCGACCUUUGAGGUCCCGGACUUUAGAUGAUCCGUUUAAGAAUCAUGGACGUUUGGGUGUCCACUGCCGAAGCAGCAUCACCUGCUCCUCUUCCCCUCAGCUAAGUGCACCCUUUAUGCCAACCGAAGCAGGCCCAGCUGCCAACUUGGGCUCCAGUCUGCAAUUGCAAACCCUCCUGAGCAACAUUGACAGUAGGGAAGGUGUUUACUCAAAACUAGGGGGCCUGUACGCAGAGUCUUUGCGCCGCUUGGCUCUAAAAUGCGAGGAACACUUCACGGGUUCCCAGAAGAACCGACUAAGGUUUGAGGAAAGCAACUGGUCGUUGUUCAGGCUCACGUCCAACAAGCCGAGCUGCAACGCGGGAGAUGCUGUGUACUAUUCUGCUGCCUGCGCUUCCGACCCCAGCAACUCCUACGCCGUGAAGAUCUGCAAGAGUCCGUCCUUGGAGGCCAAGCAGGGCCACCUCUAUGGUUUGUCGGUGCAGCAGAGCAUGCCCGCCCAUUACAACCUGCAGCAGGACUGUGGACACUUUCUGGCCUGCGUCCCCCAGAGCAUGUUGCCGUCCGAUCAGGUUGCCAUGCCAACCUCACCCAUGGGGACUUCAACCGGUCAGCAAGCAGAGCGAGAGCGAGUGGUCGUCAUCACACCUGAGAUCCCUCGUCAGACAACAGCUGAUUUUGCUCGCGAGUUUGACUCCUUCCACAAAAGCCAGCCGGAAGUGUACGAGCGCCGCGUCUGCUUCCUUCUACUGCAGCUCUGCAAUGGUCUGGAGCACUUGAAGGAGCACGGGGUCACGCACCGCGACCUCUGCCUGGAGAAUCUCCUCUUGGUUCCUCACCAGUGCAAACAAGGCACUCCUUCCACCCAGCAGACUGAGACAAUUAACGGUUUUAACACUGUAGACAGUCAGCGUCACCUCCCCCGCCUCCUGAUCAGCAACUUUGCCAAAGCCAAGCGCCGUUCCACCGAGGAUGCUGCGUCAACCAGUGUGGACCCUCGUGUGAAGCGGGACCACGCUCGCUUGGCGCCUGAGAUCGUGUCGGCUGCCCAAUACCGGAAAUUUGACGAAUUCCAGACAGGCAUCCUGAUCUACGAGUUACUCCAUCAGCCCAACCCUUUUGAGGUCAUCCCUGCCCUGAGGGAACAGGACUACCGCUGCGAGGACUUACCUGCCAUCCCAUCUGUGUCGCUGUACUCUGCCGGACUCCAACGACUGGCGCAGCUCUUGCUCCAACCAGACCCCAUCAAGCGCAUCCACAUCCAGGAUGCGAAGCGCAUCUUGCAGAGCCUGCUGUGGGGACCCAGGAGGGACCUGAUGGAUCAGCAGUGGGAGAGGCAUGGGCAAAGCGGGGGCUUGGCGGAGGGGGCCCGACACGAGGGCCUCCUCAACUGGCUGGAUGUCAAACGGGCGUUGCUGAUGAUGAAGUUCGCCGAGCGCUCGCUGGAGCCCGAAAGGAACGCGGAGCUGGAGGACUGGUUGUGCUGUCAGUACUUCUCCUCGGCUCACCCUCUGGCUCUGUGUCACACUGCUGAGCUGCUUUACUCGCUCAAGUAAUGCUGGAAAAAAUGGGAGCAUGGAAAGUGGUUAUGAGAAGACUGAUAAUGUCACAAACUAAUACGUAUAUAUGGACACAGAUUAGGACAUGCCCUCAAAAUUGAAGAAAAUAUGUCAAUUAUUUUGUAGUCUUCCAAGUCUGGCUUGUGAUCUCUAGUUGCAGCUCAUCCCAAAGGUGCUUGAUGGAAACUAAAUUCAUCUAACCCCAACUUUACAAACCUGCUUUGUCAUGCCAGAACAGAAAAGGGCCCAACUGAUUUUCCCAAACUGUUCCCACAAAGUUGGAAGCUUACAAUUGUCUAAAUAUAACUUGCCAAGAUGAAGAAUUAGGAUUCAAGAGGUCUAGCUCAUUUAUCUCAAUGUGUAUCAUCAGUAAUACAAGGCUUCCUUAAAUGGGGUUUCUUGUUGGCUUGUAUCUGAAGUGGAGUCCCUCUAGGUUCACACUUGUUUUCAUUUAACAUUGGCUUCCAUCCCAAAACUUUGACUCUUCUGUUUUUACCUUCAAGGAAUCUGACCGUGUUCCUUAUUUCAUUAAAGAUUUGGGUUAGCGGAGUCCCUCAAGGUUCCCUCCAGAGUCCUCACCUGGAGGACACUGAAUCAAACUACCACACUUAAGAAAUAUAAGACCUCUGAUCUCUCAUAAUUGUUAUUCCAUCAAAUACUGAGGGAAUGGAGUCCCUCAGAAUUCACGACUCGACCCCCACCUUUUUUACUUUCACAUCUAAGAAGGAAUUAAGGAGUCUCAUACAGUCCUAAUACUUUUGCUCAUAUGGUAUAUAGCUAGACGGGUGCAGACAGCGCGGCACUUUUACUUCUUACAAAAAGGAAACACUGUGAAGCCACCUACUUCCUGUGAGCACUACCGCUACAUGCGUCAACCAACCGUCCAUUUACAUUCUCAUAUGGCUCAUUUUCGUAAUGUUACACUUUUAACACUUUCUGUUGUCCCAUUCUGUAUUUAAAGCAUAACUGGCACCUCUACUGUUGUCUUGAGCAAAGUACUAAUGUGGUGUAUAGACAAUGGUACCGUUUUUUGAACAAUAUCCUUUGGAAUGUCUUUGAUUUAAUUAUCUGCUGGCUAAAAAACAUGCAACUCAUCCUACUGCUUUUUCUUCCCUUCUUUUUGAAAGAUUUUGACACCGUGCCUUCUGUUGUUUGUGUGACUCCACAAAAUGUAAAUAAAUGUUCGGGAGGGUUGUUGCUGUGAAACUGGCUUUUCAUAACAACGCUCCAUUUUUCUACAAUAAAUGCCGCAAGCAGGUCUUAAAAAACAAAACUUGCCAAUAUGAGCGGCGGUUAAACAUAAUAUUUAUGUUAUUCGUUAUCCUGUAGUCAUCACUGGAGGUUGUUGUUUUAUUUGAAAGUAGCAGCGUUUUAUAUCUAAUAAAAGUGGUGAGAGGUUCACAGACUGCAUGUAUUUUUUUAUUUGUAAAGGGUGCUCUGUCAUUACUAAUCAACAGACUGUGUGUGUGUGUGUGUGUGUAUGUCAAUCAAUAAACUGCAUUUA